AUGGCCGCUGCAGGUUUGGAUCAAGAAAGUACAGCUCGACGUGAGCUCACGUCAAGAUGUAUCGCUAUUAUGAACCGAGCGGACCCUAACCUCAUUGAAUACAUGAAAUACCACAUCGACAAUGUUGACCAAACCAAAGGUCCCAAUUAUGAGAAAGUAAAGAAGUUCGGUCAGAUUUUGUUGGAGAACUGUCAAGAGGUUGUUGACAAACCUCCUGUGUACCGAGAUGUCGCUCUUCCCACCGCUCCUCAUACCGAAGUAUCCGCUAAAGGUGAUAUCGUCUACUCCGAAAUCUCAAGACAGAAUGUUAGGAAGCUUGAGAGUUAUGUCAAGGGUGAAGUUGAACCGGCUGUAAACCUCGACAAAGUUCAAUCCGAUAUCGAUAAACUUUGGGAACUUGUAAACUCUCAGCCAUCCAUCACUCCUGCUCAGAAAGCCGCUAUCAAAUCGAUGUACGGUGAAGUCAUCAAGUCGUUGGGUAAAGACGCUGUUGUGGAGAACCCUGCUGUAGCCAGGACCAAAGGUGCCAAACAGAGAAGAUCCUCAUCAUCCUUCUUGAGACCAAACGUAGAAGAUAGAACGGAGGUUGAAGAAGCUCAUUUGCCCUUCUUACAUCUCAAGAGAAAGACCGGUACUAGCUUCGCUUAUUCACAAAAGCUCACUAAUAUCUACUUCGACGUCCUCACUGAGAUCGCUACCUCCGGUGUCACCUUUGCCAAAAAAGCUGCUCUUCUUACCGGUGUAGGCAGAGGAUCUAUUGGUGUUGAGAUUCUCAAAGGAUUGCUUUCGGGUGGUUGUACUUGUAUCGUCACGACUUCUCGAUACAGUAGAGCUGCUGUAGAUUACUACAAGAACAUCUUCCACGAGAUCGGUUCUAAAGGAUCUAAACUUAUUGUUGUGCCAUUUAAUGGAGCCUCCAAACAGGACGUCGAAGCCCUUGUAGACUACAUUUAUUCCACUCUCCAAAUCGAUCUCGACUACAUCAUCCCAUUCGCCGCUUUGCCCGAAAACGGUAGAGAAAUCGACGGUAUCGAUGACAAGUCCGAACUUGCUCACCGACUCAUGUUGACCAACUUACUCCGACUCAUGGGUGCUGUCAAGGUGAAGAAAGCCGCCAGACAAUUCGUAACUCGACCUACUCAAGUUGUUCUCCCCCUGUCCCCCAACCACGGUAUCUUUGGUAACGAUGGUCUCUAUGCUGAAUCCAAGAUAUCUCUCGAAACUCUCUUCAACAGAUGGUCAGCUGAAUCAUGGGGUGAAUACUUGUGUAUCGCCGGUGCUGUCAUCGGUUGGACUCGAGGUACUGGUCUUAUGUCCGCUACCAAUUUCGUCGCUGAAGGCUUGGAGAAGCUUGGUGUUAGAACUUUUUCAGCCAAGGAAAUGGCUUUCAACAUUCUCGGUUUAAUGCACCCUCUCCUCUUUGACGUCAGUCAGAUUGAACCCAUCUGGGCUGAUCUCAAUGGUGGUAUGGACCGAGUCGCUGGUCUUGCCGAAGUCAUGACUUCUAUCCGACUUGAUCUCAACAAAGUUGCCGAUCUCAGAAAAGCUAUCACCGUUGACAACGCCGCGGACUUCAAGGUUAUCAACGGAGGUGAUGCUGAAAGACUUCAUCAAAAAGUUGCUAUCGCUCCUCGAGCCAACUUCAACUUCGACUUCCCCAAGAUCGAUUCACCUGACAUCCUCGCUGAACUCAACCACCUCCAAGGUCUUAUCGAUCUCGACAAAGUCAUCGUAUGUACCGGUUUCGCCGAACUUGGUCCUUGGGGUUCUUCCCGAACUAGAUGGGAGAUGGAAGCGAAAGGAGAACUUACCAUUGAAGGUUGUAUCGAAUUAGCCUGGAUGAUGGGAUACAUCAAACACUUUGAUGGUAAACUCAAGAAUGGUCAGACCUACGUCGGAUGGGUUGAUGCCAAAUCAAGUGAUCCCGUAGAUGACAAAGACGUUAAAUCCAAAUAUGAAAAAGACAUCAUCGAACACGCUGGUAUCCGACUCAUCGAACCCGAUCUCUUCUUCGGUUAUGACCCCAACAGGAAAUCUUUCCACCAAGAAAUCGAGCUCAACCACGAUCUUGAACCUCUUGAGAUAUCCGCUGAAGAUGCUCAACGUUUCAAGCGAGAACAAGGUGAGAAAGUCGAUGUUUGGGCUCAAGAAUCGGGAGAAUGGUUCGUCAAGUUCAAGAAGGGUGCUAGAGUCUUCUUACCUAAAGCUGUCAAAUUCGACCGACUUGUCGCUGGUCAACUGCCUACUGGUUGGGAUGCUAGACGAUUCGGUAUUCCUGAAGAUAUCGCUAGCCAAACCGACCGAACUGCUCUUUGGGCUUUGGUCUGUGUUAUGGAAGCUUUGGUCGCAUCCGGUGUAUCAGAUCCUUACGAGCUUUACAAAUUCGUACAUCCAACAGAAGUCGGUACCGCUCUUGGUUCAGGUAUGGGUGGUAUGCACUCUAUGUCUGCGAUGUUCAAAGAUAGACGAGAGGAGAAAGACCUGACAAUCAGUUUCAUCAACACUGUCGCCGGUUGGGUCAACUUGCUCUUGCUCUCUUCUUCCGGACCCGUGAAGAUCCCCGUUGGUGCUUGUGCCACCGCGCUUCAAUCCGUUGAGAUUGCAUGCGACUCCAUUUUGAGCGGUAAAGCCAAGGUCAUGAUUGCUGGUGGUUUCGAUGACUUCUCCGAAGAAGGUUCUUUCGAAUUCGCCAACAUGAAAGCUACUUCCAACGCCGAAACCGAAUUUGCCAUGGGUAGAGAACCCAACGAGUUUUCUCGACCUAUGACGUCCACUCGAGCCGGUUUCAUGGAAUCUCAAGGUUGUGGUGUCCACAUCAUGAUGUCUGCUAAAACUGCUCUUGAAAUGGGUGCUUCCAUUCAAGGUAUCGUCGCUUACACCUCCACCCACACCGACAAAGCUGGUCGAUCUAUCCCUGCUCCCGGUCGAGGUAUCCUCGCCACUGCUCGAGAAAUCACUCUUAAAGAACCCCUUCCCCUCCUCGACAUCAAAUACCGAUCUCGACAACUUACCUUCCGAAGAAGACAGAUCUCCCAAUGGCUUGAGAACGAACACGAGCUCUUGCGAAUGGAGUUGGAGACUCGAAAGGAUGCCAAAGACAACGAUGCCUGGUUCCAAUCUCGAGUCAACUUCAUUGACGAUGAAGCUAGAAGACAGGAGAAAGACGCUUUGGCUACUUUCGGAAUGUUGGAGGGAUCUCACCCUAACAUUGCUCCUUUGAGACGUGCAUUAGCUGUAUGGGGUCUUGACGCGGAUUCAGUCGGUGCUAUCUCAUGUCACGGUACUUCCACCAAGGCCAACGACAAGAACGAGUCUGGUGUAUACAACUUACAAUUCGAACAACUCGGUCGAACACCUGGUAAUGCCGUUCCUGUCAUUGCUCAAAAGAGUUUGACAGGUCAUCCUAAGGGUGGUGCUGCCGCUUGGAUGUUCAACGGUAUGAUCCAAACUCUGAACUCCGCGUUGGUACCUGGUAACCACAAUGCCGAUAAUAUCUCUGAGGAACUACGAGCUUUCCCUCACUUGUUCUACCCAUCUAAACCCAUUCAACAUGUCAGAUUAGAAUGUGGUCUAUUGACUUCGUUCGGUUUCGGACAAGUAGGUGGUCAAGUUGCCAUCGUACAUCCUAGAUACCUGUACGCAUCUUUACAACCUCACGAUUUGGAAGAAUACAAGAAGAGAAGAUCAGAGAGGGAAUUAUCAGCAUACUCUAGAAUGUCACAAGCGUUGGUCAACAACAACUUGGUACAGAUCAAGGAUGCUCCUCCAUACUCGGCUGAAUUGGAAGGUGGUGUAUUGUUGAACCCUCUCGCUCGAGCUGGUCCAUCAAAGAACAACUCUUUCUCCUUCCAAGGGAAAUUACCUUCGGCUAUACCUCUUAACCCCAAGAAUGCAGAGACUCUCAAAGCUCUUUUCGCCCAGUCUAACGAUGUUAAAGGUGUAGGAGUCGACACCGAAUUGAUCUCUAACGUUCCUACUUCUGAGACAUUCAGACAAAGGAACUUUACCGAUGAAGAGAUCAAAUACUGUACUUCUGCACCUGAUCCAACAGCUUCCUUCGCCGGUCGAUGGGCAGCCAAAGAAGCAGUUUUCAAAGCACUCUCGGUCCCUUCCAAAGGAGCUGGCGCUUCACUCAAAGAAAUCGAGAUAGUUUCGACAUCCUCUGGACCAGAGGUGAAACUCUCUGGAGACGCUCUUGCAGCAGGUGGUAAUAAGAAGAUUAAAGUUUCUUUGAGUCACUCUGAUACGUCCGUUGUAGCAUUUGCUGUUGCUCAAUAG